GUGUACUAUACAAAGUAGCUUCGGGAAUGCGUUAAUUUUAUUUUUUCGUUAGUUUUGUGCGUUUUACCUACGUUUUAAUCUCCGUGGAGCUGAGUACCAGUGCAAGAUGAACGGCUUGUCUGUCAGUGAGCUGUGCUGCCUCUUCUGUUGCCCGCCGUGCCCGAGCCGCAUCGCUGCCAAACUGGCUUUCCUGCCACCAGAGCCCACGUACGCUCUCCUCCCUGACCUGGAAGCCGGGCCCGUGGGGAACACAGGCCUGGGCGCACCGGGCCUCCGGUCGCGGGUAGGUGGGGCAGGCGGGGCCGGUGGGGCCGGAGGAGCGGACGGAAGAUGGAAGCUCCACUUAACGGAGCGCGCCGAGUUCCAGUACUCCCAGCGAGAGCUGGACGGCACCGAGGUCUUCCUCACCCGCUCCAGCCGCGGCAACCGAGUGGGCUGCAUGUACAUCCGCUGCGCUCCCAGCGCCAGAUUCACGGUCCUGUUCUCCCACGGUAACGCGGUGGACCUGGGUCAGAUGAGCAGCUUCUACAUCGGCCUGGGGACGCGAAUCAACUGCAACAUCUUCUCCUACGACUAUUCGGGCUACGGCGUGAGCACCGGCAAGCCCUCGGAGAAGAACCUGUACGCCGACAUCGACGCAGCCUGGCACGCCCUCCGCACACGGUAUGGCAUCAGCCCAGAAAACAUUAUCCUGUACGGGCAGAGCAUUGGCACCGUGCCCACCGUCGACCUGGCAUCGCGCUACGAGUGCGCGGCCGUGGUUCUGCACUCACCUUUGACCUCCGGCAUGAGGGUGGCCUUCCCCGACACCAAGAAGACCUACUGCUUUGACGCCUUCCCCAAUAUUGAGAAGGUGUCGAAGAUCACGUCUCCAGUUCUGAUCAUCCAUGGGACAGAGGAUGAGGUGAUCGACUUCUCGCACGGCCUGGCCCUGUUCGAGCGCUGCCCCAAGGCCGUGGAGCCCCUGUGGGUGGAGGGCGCAGGCCACAACGACAUCGAACUUUACAGCCAAUACCUGGAGCGCCUGCGUCGUUUCAUCAGCCAGGACCUGGCGUCUCAGCACACCUGAGCCCCGCCCCGCCUUGCCCCACCCACCCUGCCCCGCCUCGCACUGCUCCGCACCAGCCAGUCUGUCUGUCUACACCUCUGUGUGAGCGACUGUCUGUCUGUCUCUCUGGGAGUGAGUGCUUGCAGAGGCCUGCGGAUUGGUCAGGCCUGUGUUAUGAGGCAGCUUUGUCUGUUUGUCUUUGUUUCUGAUGACUGGAUAUGUGCAGCUCAUACGUCUUUCCUUCGGCCGUGGUCAUCUGUCUGGAGUUCUGUCCGUCUGCCUGUCUGUGUGGGAGGUCCUAGGGCUGUUCAUCAGUCUGAUGGUAGCAUGUCACUCUGUGUCUUGUCCUUUUUGUCUGUCUGUCUGUCUGUCUGUCCUCACUGCAUCCCCCACAUAGGUAAAUGAGAUAGAGUAAAGAAGUUACAGGAUGAUCCCCCUCACUCUGCUUUUUUUUUUUUUUUUUUGACCCACAUGACCUCCUCUGACCUCUGGGUUUAUGUGUCCCAUUGGCUGUGUGUCUAAAGAAUGGAGUCAGGUCCUCUCUGUUGUUCUGCUCACAGUCUGUAUUUUACUUGAUGAGAAAAGGAGCCAGGCACCUGUGCAUCGUUAAUCUCUCAGCUCUCUCUACCUCCACCCCUCCUCCCUGACAUACUCUCAGACUCCUGGCCCUGCAUGUUCCGAUGGCCCCGCAUACCUUUGUGCUGCGGUUGUGAGCUGAUUCGAGGUGAACGGACUGCACUGAGGUUAACCACUGCCCCAGGGUCAGUAGAGCUCACGCUAUGAAGGCACAGCACCAAGCUGAGAAGAGCUCAGGCUACGAGGAACACUGUCCCAGGGUCAGUCUGUAUUGGCCAUCACACUGAGGGAGGAGGGGUGCUCAGAACCUGGACCCCUCCCUGAAUGAGCUGGGGGAGGGGGCACCAACUGCUGCCGUGAACUUCGACAGCAAACAACAUGCUCAUGUUUAUUUUGUACAGUGUG